GCUUCGUUUGGUUGCAGGUGCAUGUGAAUUUGCAGCAAAUAAUUCAAAAAAAGAGGAACCGUUUUGUCAGAUACAGCAACAGAGCUGGUAGGUUUUUUGGUCUCAGUAAGAAUCCAUCUGCUAGUGCAGCAGUGAUUUCUGCAACGUCCUCAGCAUCUGUGGGCGUUGGGGCUGCUCUGGAGGUGCAAGAAAUACGGGAGAGAUCCAACAAGUGGCAAUGGAACCAGUACUCCAUAAACUAUUUCGUUUCACAUUAUCAACCUUCUCAACAGCAACAUCAAUCAAGUGUAGAUCCUCCUGUCGUCCUUUUAGUUCAUGGAUUUGGAGCUUCUAUUCCUCAUUGGCGCAGUGGAUUGUCAUUGGAUCGCUUUAUUCACAGAGAAGCCCAGUGAUCUUCUGGCUCAUACAUCAAACAGUCAGCAUGCCUUUAUUCAGAGAUUUGUUGUUCUUGACAUGCAUGUCCCCAGGUCCUGAUGUUUUAUUUGGAGAUUUCUUCAGGAAUAUUAGCGCAUUGUCUCAAUACUCGACUGUCUAUGCCAUCGACCUUCUUGGCUUUGGUGCAUCUGAUAAGCCUGCCGGCUUUGCAUAUACCAUGGAAACAUGGGCUGAUUUGAUAUUGGAUUUUGUGAAAGACAUCAUUAAGAGACCAACUGUGCUAGUGGGUAACUCAGUGGGAAGCCUUGCUUGUGUGAUUGCUGCUUCAGAUUCUAGUCGCAAUCUAGUUCGAGGACUUGUGCUCUUAAACUGUGCUGGUGGCAUGAACAAUAAAGCAAUUGUUGACGAUUGGAGGAUCAAACUGUUAUUACCUUUGCUUUGGCUGGUCGAUUUCUUAUUGAACCAACGGAGAAUUGCUUCAGCUCUGUUUGAGCGUGUGAAGAAGAGAGAUAGCUUGAGGAACAUUUUGUCUUCCGUAUAUGGAAACAAGGAAAAUGUGGAUGAAGAUCUGAUAGAUAUAAUAUUAGAACCAGCCAAUGACGAAGGGGCACUUGAUGCAUUCGUUUCGAUCGUAACGGGGCCACCAGGGCCGAGCCCUGUGCAACUAAUGCCAAAAAUUUCCGUGCCUGUUUUGAUUUUAUGGGGAGAUGAAGAUCCAUUCACGCCACUUGAUGGUCCUGUUGGGAAGUACUUCUCCAAGUUAUCUAUGGAAGCUCCAAAUGUCAGUCUUUGUGUGUUGAAAGGCGUAGGACAUUGCCCUCAUGAUGAUAGGCCUGAAUUAGUGCAUGAAAAGCUCCUUCCAUGGCUGGCUCAGCUUCAUGCUUUAUAACAAGUUUUUCCGCGUCCACAAGAUCAUAUAGGUGUAUCUCUGUUUGUAUAGCCAAAUCCCAGCUUUUUCUGCAACCAAGUUGGUUUAUCAUUCAAAAUGUCAGUCAUAGUUUGAUAUUAUUUAAUUGUUGUAAAGGGAAAAAUUCGCAAUUCUUAGGUCAAACAAUUGCCAAUGAUUAUGUCUUUUGUACCACAUAUUCUCACUAAAUAGAUGAUUGCCUGUAAUAUAGUACCUUUGGCUUUGCAUGUUUGUAUAUGGGCAAAUGUAGUAUGGUUCCUUCGGCUU